CAAUGUAUUUGAAAAUUGAAUUAGUUCUUGUCCGGCCAGAUUUAGUGCCACUGUUUAUGCUGCUCCUAGUGCAGCUGCUAAUACCGAGAAUGAGAAUAGAGAAGAAAAAGCACCAAUGUGGCAAUUUGGUGGCUUUCAUUUUAUUUUUUUGGGGUCAAAGCGGUGGUUUUGCUUGCCAAGAUAGAUAUGCUACUUGAACAAACAGCGUAAUUUUGAAAAUUAUUCAUACAGUGUUAUGGUUUAUUCAGGUCCUGAGCAAUCAAAACUACAGAGUUUUGAAAUUUCAGUUUUCCGUUUUCUUUUCUAUGUGUUCUUAAAGAACAAACACAAGUAAUUUGAUUGUGCGGAAGGAGCAAUUUGCUGUAAUAAAAAUAAUCUAUUUGUUUUAUUAUUUUUGCUUUAUCAGUAACCAAAUGUGGCUUUACAGUUUCAUGGACUCCUGGUUAUUAGUUAGCUUAAACAGUGACGACUUUCUCACUUUUAGGAUUUUGUGAGUUUUAGGUUUGGCAACAAGGUGCUUGAAAUGGCUACAGCGACCUACCCACCUCCACCACCGUAUUAUAAGCUAUACAAAGUUUACUUGCAGAUCCCAAAUCUGCUCCUGAGCCGCUGCCGCCAAUUGAAGGGACAUACAUUUGCUAUGGUGCUAAUUACACUAUGACGUGCUUCCAAGCUUGGAAGAACAGGGAGUGCGUCAACUGUACCCAAAAGGCCCAAAUAUUGACAGUCAUCGUCAAUGGCAGUCUCCGAGGAAGAGUGCUCCUCCGCCAACUCCAGAUCAUCCUCGUCCUCCACCUCCAGCAGCUCUCACUACCUCCUCCAAGUGCCUCCUCCGUGGCACCGUCGUUCUCCAGGUCCUCUACGGUCACAUCCGCUUCCCCAACUCCCACGACAUCGUUUUUGGCAAGGAGAAAUCGAUAGAGUUGGUGAUAAUUGGUUCUCUCUUUCUGCAACGAAAUGCACAGGUUUUUUCCUGUGACACAAGUUCAACUUUCUAAUCCUGGAAACUCAAGGAAUCAGCUUGCAAGAAUGCUAGCCAUUGAUUCAAGCCAUGUAAUAUACCCUUGUUUUCAGGAUAAGGAAGGCAUCCCUCCUGAUCAGCAGAGAUUGAUUUUUGCCGGUAAGCAAUUGGAAGAUGGCAGAACUCUUGCAGAUUAUAACAUCCAAAAGGAGUCAACUCUUCACCUGGUUUUGAGGCUGAGGGGAGGAACUAUGAUUAAGGUGAAGGCUCUUACCGGAAAAGAAAUUGAGAUUGAUAUUGAACCGACUGACACCAUUGACCGAAUCAAGGAAAGGGUUGAGGAGAAAGAGGGAAUUCCUCCGGUGCAACAAAGGCUGAUUUAUGCUGGCAAGCAGCUUGGAGAUGACAAAACUGCUAAAGACUACAACAUUGAGGGUGGCUCUGUCUUUCAUCUAGUGCUUGCACUACGUGGUGGUAGUCUAUAAAUUGUAUCGUAGUAUUGUAUCUAUGAUUGGUUCAGGUGAACUCUUUUGUGAAGGCUUUACCGAGUCUUGAUUCUCCAGAACAUUUGAGUUGCAUGACCAGUGGGUUACUGUGGACAAAAGUAUUGGUGUUACAUGUUGCACUUUACCUUUCUGCUCUGUUAUGUUCACUGUAAUGCCCUGUUGCUUUUACUUUUUACAAGAAAAUUUUAUCAAUCCUGAUUACAAUUGUUUUUUGCU